AUGCGUAGCUUGCCAGGGGAGCAAGACAAGGCUGCCCUUUCAGCCCAGGGACGGUCCAUGUCUGGGGCUGCUAAUGCAUCCAAGACAUCUGGUGACACAAACUCAGCCCAUCCAGAGGAUCUGUCAGUCCAGCCGUCCCUCCAGAUGUUUCAGCCACAAACAAUUGAAGUGUCCUUCCUGGGGGAGCACUGGAAUCACAAGGUGGUUCCCGUAGAACAAGCAGUCAGUGACCUGAAGGACCAGCUGAAAUCUGACUUAAAGCCUGUACAGGACAAGAGGGACAAAUAUGAAGAAGUGGAGAAAACAUACAAUGAAAUGAUUGAACACUCCAAGAAGCAGCUGUUGUCCACAGAGAAGCAGAUCAGAGCAGAGUUCAACAAGCUCCACAAGUUCCUGAAAGAGGAAGAGAAUUAUAAACCCACUCAGACCAGAGCCAGAGCCCAGAGCUCACUGUCAGAUCCACAGCUGGUCUCAGGAGCGCUGAUAGAUGAGGUCCACUUCAGUCCUGUCAUUCUGGACCCAAACACUGCAGACCCCCGUCUCUAUCUGCCUGAUGAUCUGACCAGUGUGAGACUUGGAGACACAAAGCAGCUCCCUGGAAAUCCAGAGAGACACACUAAGUAUCCCACUGUUCUGGGCUCUGAGGGCUUCAGCUCAGGGAAACACAGCUGGGAGGUGGAGGUGGGAGACCAUCCUGACUGGUAUGUGGGUUUAGCUAAAGAGUCAGCUGACAGGAAGAGAGCGUGUCCUGCUUCACCAGAUUCAGGAAUCUGGUGUUUAGAAUAUCGCAGAGGAAAAUACACUGAUGGUUCUGGUAGGACUGUCACAGAGAAGAAGAGUCUCCAGAAGAUCAGAGUCAAGCUGAACUAUGAAAGGGGGGAGCUGUCCUUCCACGACUCUGAAGACAAAAUUCACAUCUACACUCACAGAGACACUUUCACUGAGAAACUCUUCCCUUAUUUCAGUAUUGGAGACUCUGGUGAUGCUAAAACCACUGAUAUCAAAAUCUGUCAACCUGAGAUUUCACUGUCAUAUUCAGGAGAUAUGAGUGUUUGA